UUAAGACAAAAAUCACACAAGGUUCACAUAGUUUUCUUCCUCUCUGAAAAUGUCAUAUUUAAACACCCUUUUUUUUCCAAGUCCAGAUGAUCCAGAUUUAUAGAUGCAUUAACCAACAUCAGUUUUGUACAACUUUAUCUACAUACUUCUUUGAUGUAUGUUAUUGCUUCUUUUUAUUUAUUUCUCAAGACUUUGUUCUAUCACAUCUUCAAGUGUUCAUCUCAUAUUACUUGCAUUACUCUCCCUUUCAAGAUAACUAUAUAUUAGAUUGGGCUGAGUUUUGAGUUAAUCCCUUGUUCUCUAUGAUCAUGAUCCUUAAAUGGAUCAUCCAUCCUAACGGUAACAUACUUAUUCAAACCCUGUCAAGAUAUUUUGAUAUAGAUAUAAGCAAUUGCUUUCUCUGAAGACAAGUAAUGAGUGCCUAACCACAAUCUUUAGUCAGAUUACGCCCUUCUAUUAUUAUAUUCCAAACUUAAAAACUUCUUCCCACCAACUAACUUAUGUGUUUCAUUCCAAACCUUACAACUUCCAUUGUUCUAAGAAAGCAAAGUUUGACAUUGUUCUUUUGUUUCCAAAUAUGAUCUGCACGGAGUCAAAUCACCAGCGUAUUUCCUUCUCCAGUGAUCUUGGCCAAUCAGAUAACGCACCACCACCACCACCACCACCACCUGUGAUAGAACCACCACCAGCCCUUAUCCGAAGAGACGAAUCUCUUCUUGAUUCAUCAAACUCUUCUUUCGAGUUCCACAUCUCAAACAACUUUGAUCCUGGAGACUCCUCACCAGCCGAUGAGAUCUUCGCUGACGGCAUGAUCCUCCCUUUCCAUGUAACCCCACCUUCCACCUCACCAAAACGUCUCUACAAAUACGAACUCCCUCCCAUUACCUCCUCUCUUUCUCCAUCUCCAUCUCCUCUCCCUCCACAACCAUCACCGCCAAAACACAGCGAGAAGGACACCAGCGGUGCAAACUCGGACUCGGAAGCAGAGAAGUCGUCAAAGUCGUUUUGGAGUUUCAAGAGAAGCUCGAGUCUCAACUGCGACUUAAAGAAGAGUCUGAUCUGUUCGUUUCCUCGUCUCACGAGAAGCAACUCUACAGGUUCGGUUACUAAUUCAAAGAGAGCAAUGCUGAGAGAUGUUAACAACCAUAGGGUCUCUCCCACUUCUUCUUCUUCCUCUGUCUGUUGCAACUAUCACUUCAGGCCUCAGAAGCACACAGGAAAGAAAGGUGAAGCAGGAUCGUUUCUACGUCACUCAAAGAAGAAGAAGAACAAGAAGUAGAUGGUUACAUGAACAGAGAGUUUCGAUAAAUUGUUUUUUUUUCUUGUUUGAUUGUUGUCUACAAAUUGUUGGGUGUUUUUUCGUGUUACUACCAAACGUUUUAUUUAGGUUGCUGCAUUAUUUUGAACUGGACACAACCUUAAUGACACAUUUAGUAAUCA